GAGUGAGAGUACAUGAUGCCGAUUCUUCAGUUUAAGAAUCGGCAUCAUGUACCGAACUAAGGUAAUCCACUUGUUGUGUAACAAUGUGCCUCUGGAAUAUUUUCAAAAUUGCGAAAUCACUACAAAGGAAAUUUAAAAUGAAGAUUGAAACUUUCCGUUUCCAAAAUAUAAAUUUGCAAAUAAUUUUCCAGAAUAUACUUAAUAUCUGAGAACCGACUUGAGUUCAAUUAUGACAUGCAAAUCUUGCCUUGGCAUAAUACCUAACUUACAUAUCGUCACCCUCUCGGUUUACCUUUUUAAACUAUUACACGUGUUAACUACAAUUUUUUUUCGGGUACCUAUGUAUAGGUACUAUGCGAAAGUGUUUAGUUAGUAGUUUGUCUAUACGUUAUGUUUGUACUUAAAAACAACAAAUAAUUGGUUAGGUAAUAAGCUAUUUAGUUGCAUACCACAUUGCACAUGCCUAAAGCAUGAACAUGUGUCAUUCAUUAUACGUGUGAAACAAAAAUGUAAGCGUAUUAAAAUAUGUACAAUAUAUGUACAUAAUAUACUUAAUACGAGUAACUAUAAACCAAUUUAACACCCUUACUGCAACGAAGCAUUCACUCCGUAUCAUUAUCUAUCAUCAUAGCGUAUCGUUGUGGUGGUCGUUAUGUGGAUUAGUGCCCUGUAUCUACCUAGGUCGAGCGAUCGCGAAGCCCGAGCGAAGUGUCUUAUUUUCAACUUGGGUUUUAAUGCUUUCGUAUAUCCGGCUGUUCUCUAAAAGCUGUAUUUUUCAAACAAUUCUUUGAAUAUUUGUAAGCAGCUUCGAUAAUUGAAGUAUUUUUCUAUCGGUUUCGUAAAACUUGAGCAAAAUGGCAGAGCCAUGGCGUUCGCGACGUUGACAGUUCACUGAUCUAUUCUAAAUAAGUAAUAUUGUUUAUAACUAUUAGGCCAUAACUGCCAUAAGUAUAGGUUUGGGUAGACGGUGCGUUUUGUACGGGUUAAUAAGUUUAAUGUACCUAUAUAUAUGUAUAUUAAAUGGUGAGCACCUGAUUAUUCUGCUACUGAACCAAAAUGUUGCUGCUUUCUCUUAUUUGGUUUAACGUGUUAUCUACACUUUAUGCUUAUCAACGCAUCAAUGCCGGUGAUGAAUUAUCGUCUCGUAUUUUGUACGGGGCAAGGGCAAACAUAACUGACUACCCAUUCUUCGCCGCUCUCUCAAAUUGUGGGGCUGCCAUCAUCUCGGAUAGAUGGUUAGUCACAGCAGCCCACUGCGUUAUUAGUAACAGAGGCCCGGUAUGGGUAGGGGGCAACAAUAUCACAAGUAGCCAGCGCUACACAUACGACAAAGCCGUCGUCCAUCCUCAAUACCAGGAAAUUAUUUUUUCAAUUCCUAUCAAUGAUAUUGCGCUGCUAAGGUUGUCCCGGCCGUUGGCGUUCAGCAACACUGUUAAAGCAAUAAAGCUACCAAAACAAGACUAUGAACGAAAUACAAUCCAUGCAUUUGCUGGGAAGGGUACAAACGAGAGGAAGGAAAGAUCCAACUACCUGAUGACAAUGAAUGUCCGCCCUGUAAAACAAGAGGAGUGUUUAUCUCAUGUAUCUAUUUGGCUGCGUUCCCAUUUGAAACCAUAUUUAGAUUACAUGUCUAAAGUCACUAUUUGCUCUGCAAGGACGGAAGACAAGCCUGGAAUUUGCUUUGGUGACUCCGGCAGUGCUCUCGUCCGUGACAAUACCCUCGUAGGAAUCGCGUCCUACAUAUCGGACACAAAUUGCACGACGGCUAAACUCGGCUUGUUCGCCAAUGUCGCUCCCUUCGUGAGCUGGAUAACGUCCAUCACUGGAAUCAAAUAAAAACCUUAUCUUUUUGGUACAGAACCCU